ACAUCAAGACAAAGAACUUAUGUUGUCUGUUAAAUAUGGAGCUCAAGUUGGAGGUUGUGGUGUCAUCCAGCAUCAAACGGAAGAAACCAUGGCCGCGAUUCUGUUGGCUUGGCAGGGAGAAGGAGUCUGUUUUCCUGUUAGAUGACAAACGAAUCAGUGAGAUCAACAUGGUGUCUGGACGAACCAAAAAGAAGACUCCCAAACUCCAUCCUUUGCUAAAUAGUGUGGUGAGAAUGGCUUCGUCCCACAACGGUAUGUGGCUCUGUGGACUUUUGGUGUCAGGAGAGCUGUUUCUGUGGAACCGGGAUAAAGACUUGUUGAAGACUUCUGCAGCCAUACCAGAAGUAGUUCAAAUGAUUACAGGGAAUACCACACGACUGUCACUGCAGGUUGCAGGGGAUGGGAUGCGUGUUCUUCUGAUAGCCGUAACAGGGCAAGUCUUCCUGUGGGAGUGCAUGGAUGUCAGGGAUUUGAUGGGAGUACGGGAUGGCACAGUCAAGGGACAAUGGACACACAUCCAGCCCCUUGAAGACUCUGUUAUGCCUUCUGAACAAGACAAAGAUGCAUCCCAGAACACUGUCUUCAUCAAGACAGAGGUGAUGGGUGAUGCCUGCUUAUCAGCAUUUGUUUUCACAUCUGCAAAGAAGGUGAUCAUCACCUGCCUGAAAGUCCAGUGGGAAGAGGGCCAUGUGAGAGUGGGUUCUAUAGGAUACAGCAUACAGUGGGCCACCAAGACCUACCCCAUGUCAAGUCUCACCCCACCCUGCCAACCAGUGAAGUCCAGAGGGGCCUUGGUGCCAGCCUUCUCCCCAGACGGCAGUCUGUUAGCUAUAGUCCUGAACCAGAGACAGCCUCAGGCCACACAGGUACUCUUUGUGAGCACACAGAACUUUGUCUCAAUAUCAAGAGGUCUAGGAGGAUGUGGGAGCAAAAAAAUGGAGAUCCCUUCUAAAUACACAAGGUCGUACUGGGUGGGCAGUGUGAGCUGGUCACCAAGCGGUCUUUUCCUAGCCUGUGUCCUGAAGAGAGGCUCCCUUCUUAUGUUGUCACGCCUUGGGGGUCUUCUAACGCUGUCAAGCUCCGGUUGCAAUGUAGAUUUUGGACCAGCACACUUCCUACCCCUGCACCCUCUCGUCACUUACAGGCCUCCAGUGUCUGCAGGAAACAAGGACGCCUCUCUGUCCAGCUCCAGCUUGUCUGUGAGGGAUGUCCUGAGGCAGCGCUAUUCUGUCACCUGGCAUCCCCGGCUGUUGUACCUUAUUGUGUCAGAUGGUUAUAUGGCUACAGUUAUGAGGGUUCUAGAUAAACCAUCUCCCGAUCUGUUGCUGAAAACACUCCUGAAGGACACAAGCAAAGACCUCGAGAAGGCCAGCCGGGUACUAGAUAAAUCACAGAUUCAUGUCAGGGCAUGGCUGGAGUCCGUAUCUUGUCUGAAUCUUGACAACAACUCUGAGGUGUUAAACCCAAGCUUUACACUUGGACCAAACACUUCAGAGUCUGUCAUUUCAGCAGCCACAGAUGGAGCCACUUUGCCACUUUUUCUGCAGGACCAGGGGACAUUGGGUGGUACCAAGGAGCUUUUUGAGAAAAUGCAGGCUUUCUUUGAGGAUGACUCUGAUUUAGAAGGACCUCCUGCCGGUUCUUAUUUGGAGGAUCGUGGCCAUCUAGAGUUUGCCUCAAUGUUUGACACACUCCAUGCUCUGGAGACAAAUACCGACAUCAGACUUGUCACUAGCCCAGAUUCUGAAAAAGACUUUGUUAAAACAAAAAGAAGGACUUCUAAAGUUCAUCAUGAGCUUGGAAAAAUCCAGAGUAAGCUUUUAACAGUGUGGGCUUUGGGCUUGUCUCUUGGAAAUGCUGUGGAGAACAGACCCCGUCUGAUGAAGCAUACCCUCUUCUGUGUGGUGCGAUUAGCUGCUUUACUCCGUUUGUUUUGCGAAGGGAAAAAGCAUACCUCGGUUUCUUCUUGCCUCCUGAACCUUCUUAAAAACGUUCUCUCGUUCCUUCCCUGGGAUAGCGCUCACUCAGAUGGACCACGCUGCCUGGGGCUGAUGGUGGAGCUCAGUAAACGGUUGAUACACCUCUCACUGACCCCUCACCCUGAAUCCCACCAGACUGAUCUCUGUCAGCUGUCAGCCCAAAGUCUAUCUUCAGCCGUGCUCAUUUUGCAGCUGGUUUCUGAGUCUCUGGACCACACUUACAGCCUGCAGCAGAGAACUUUCUGGUCCUCUGGAGAGAAGGGAUCCCAGCUUCCACGGCUCUGGCCUUCAGAUGUGCACCAUGUACCGAUGUUACAUGAUGGAAAGGAAGAGGAAUCCAGCCUUAUGCAUCACUCACAACCUGUUCCUCAGAGACCAUCCAGCAGAUUGUUGGGAGUGUGGCAGUGGGUCUACAAGAUCACCAGGCAAUAUGCGGAUGAACUGAAAAGCUUUGAAGGCUCUCAGGGCUUUGAUGAGGAGCAGAAAGAGUUGUCUGUCAUCAUGUCCCAGGUCCAAACAGCUCUGCAGGCUACAGGAGAAAGGCUCGAGGAGGGUCCUGCACUGCUGAGUUACCCCGGCGAACAUCUUUUCCUGUUUGGCUCGUACACAAAAAGUGCAGACACCUGGCGGUCACAAAUCUGUGAGGAAAGUACAGAAAGCUGUCAUCGUAGCGUCUUUAAGGAGACACGGCUCUGUCUGGCACUGCUAUACAGUCUGUUAUCUGAGUAUCGUCUGAGGGAAGCCCAGGAGUUGGGGGACCACGUGGCCCGCCUGAUCCUGCUCCGUGUUGGACACCAGAAGGACACCUGCAUUAGAGACUCUCUUCCUUGCCCUUGGCUGCCUGUGGACCUUCACAGUGAUACAGCAUGUGCCGUGGUUCAGACCCUGGGGAGAUUCAUGGCAUCUUACUUCACCAACCAACCCCUCUACAUCCUGCCCCCUCACCAUGUGGCUGUCCUGCCUCCACUACACCUACCUCAUGCUCCUACUGUAGGGCGCUUGGUGCCAUUGUGCCAGGAGGAGGUGGCAAAAGCAGUACGACGUCAGCAGCUGUCAGAAGUAUGGACGGUAGACUACGCCCAGGACCUACUCCUGCUUGGGGGUCUCCUUCCUGAGGCUGUGUGGUUAGCUUACCAUCUAGGGGACUGGAAGACAGCGGCCUCUUUGAGCCUGGCUUAUACAAGCUACUGCAGUGACCACUUUGACUUCACUCGGCUCAGGAGGAGAGAGCUUCACCUCCCAACAGAUCUCGAGCCAGAAAGUAUUUUCCAGGUUGAGUUGGAGUGUAUUCUAGGCAACAAGUCUCACUCCCAAGAGCUCCGGGAUAAGAAUGGGGACAAGAGCUUUACAGACACGUUGGAAGCAGAAGACUGGGACUUGAUACAGGCAGCCAUGCAGGAGAUUCUGAAGGCUUCAGUCAUGGCUGGAGUGAAUGUGUUGUCUUCACCCUUGUCUUCCUUGCUGAACACAGUAAAAGAAAUGUGUUCUCUCCUGCCGGCCGUGGUGCCAAAUGGACUGUAUCUGCCUUCCCCACCACUUUAUUGUCCUCAGCCUUCCCCCAACACACAGGACCCAGUUGGGACAACCGGGCAGUUUGAAGAAGUUGCAUCUCGUCACAAAGUGUCUAGAAUCCUGCAAAGAUUGCUGUUGCUUCUGAAAUCUGCACGCUGUUGCCGCCCUGCUGCCCAAUGGUACAUCAGCCAUCUGCGUCGAGCCAGACAUAUUCUGCAUAAGAUCAAGAAGAAGUACUCUUAUCCAUCUGCUGCUGAAGAAGAAAAGGCGUUCCCAGACGGCCUGAUGAAAUUUGUCACCCGCAGUGGAUUCUUGAGGAGGGGUCCCAACAAAGAAGGUCACCUGGACCCUGACACUAUCCAAACUAUUGUCUGUUUCAGGGAGCUGUGUGCUUUAUGCUGGAUGCUUCACAUCAGGGACCAGCUCUCCAUUUCCUGCAGGAAGUAUCAGGCUGCCAGACAGCGUGUUAGAGAAGAUCAGAUCACAAAUGAUUCAGAAACGAGAUCCACCUGUGUCAACGCUCUUCUCUGGGCCUGUCGUUUGCUGCCUUUCUCCUGCUUCCUCAAUGUUGAGGAGAUCCUCCAGGAUAUUCUGCUCAGCCUAUUGUCUGAACUCCCUCCUCUCUCUCUGGUGGCCGACACACUGGUACAAACCUUCCCGGAGGAGGAAGAAUCAGUCAGAGUCCCUCUGAGAGAAAAAUAUAACUCACUGCUGCAGAGACUGAGGCAGAGCAGUGUCCUCGAGGGGGAACAGGAGGAUGUGAACGAGUUGAUGAUGAUCGUGAUUCAAGACAAACGCAGGCAGAGGAGGAAACAUCUUGGGCGUUUGAAGAGGCACCUGGCCCUACCUGAGCUUCAUCUGUGGGAGAAAGACGAGGAAGAGGAGGACAGGGGGAGCAAACAUGGAAUGGCCAUGUUAAGGCAGCUCUCUCUCGGUACAACUCUGAGCACCAGCACCUUGACUGACUGUGCCUACCCGCCGGUGUGCAGUGAUGGAGACACAGCGGAUAAUACAUCUGAGGCUCUCUCCCCUGAAAUGCAGAGUAGAAGCGCAACCAGAAGCAAAAAAGUGAGACACAGAGCCAAGAAGGCUGCUGUUAAGAUUGACAGUGUCAUUCAGGAGGAGAAUCACCCAGAUGAUGCCAAGGAGAAGGAGCAGCCGCAGCCACCAACCGUAGGCACCUGGGAGUUUGAGCUGGAAGAUGAAGAGUAUCUCAACUUCCUGGAGCUCUUCCUCAGCUAUGUGUUGGAGAAGGAUAGCUCUGAGGGAGCGGAAUUAGGCGGUGAGCUGCCUUUGUUGAAGAGCUUCUCCUCCCAGCUGAGGGAGAGGGAGCUGCAUUCUCUCACCUUUGAUGUGCUCACAACCAUUCAUCGGCGUCAGAGAGAUUCACACCAUUCAUCGAGGAAACACUCAGGCAGUGAUCUGCCAGUGUUCAGAGCUGGCUGCUGCUUCAAGUCUUUAAAACAAGGUGCAACACCUGAGCUGCAAACUCCAUCUCUCUGGAGUGAAGCCCCUGUAUCUAGAACAAACCAUUCUGUCAGCUCUCUUCCUGGGCUGAGAAGUGGAAGGCAGAAAGGUUUGUUUGGCCUCCGACAGCGGCGCAGUGUGCCAUUAGAUCAAAGCACAAAAGAAGGCCUCUUAGGUUCUGGGACUAGUCCUAAUCCAAGUCCCUUUCUCAUGAGGAAGCAAUCAGAGAGCUUCACAUAUGGCUCAUCAUCCAUGGAAACUGUAAUUGACCUGCAGCAGGGACUGGACCCUAAACUAGAUGCUCAGUUUCCAGAGCUGGGAAGGCUGCUUGAGUGGAUGGUACGCUGGGCUGAUAGGAGGGUGCUCACCGGAUAUCAUGGCAAAAAGAAGAGAGACAGGAGAGAAGGGGCUGGAGGACCAGCUGAUGACGGAGUCAUGAUUCGUGUCAAAGCCUCUGCCCCUGCCAUCCUCACGUCUCUCAGCUUGCUGCAGAGCAGGUUCACGGCUCUACUCGCGAACGAGUGCUACAGUGCCCACAUCCAGAUUCCAGAAACACAAUGGACGGUUGCCCCUGUGCUGCAUCCUGAGGGGGAGAGGCAGCUGGAGAGAGAGAGCAGUGUUGAUACAGGCUACCCCGGAUCUGCAACUACUCCCAUCAUUGGCCUCGAUUUACAUCCAAUAGAAUUGUCUGUUGGUUCUGGUACCGAUGAACCAGAGGAACUUGUAUUUCACAGCAUGCCUCUCCCUAAUGACCAGGAGGAACGGAGCUUUGAUGCUCAGCAGAGACUGUCCAGUUCACAACAACUGUGUCUUGAUGAUUUAGAUGUUACGCCAGAAAAAGAAGGCCACAGUAGCAACAGUGAGGGCUUGGAAGUGUCGUCCUCUGUUUCCAAUGGGAACACUUCUGGACACAUGCCUGAUACGAGUUUAAAGCUUGCAGAUUUGGACUUCAAUGAAAACACUGACGACAUGUCCAAUUCUGCGUCUCUCCCCAGUCAGAUUAGAAGCCUACAAGCCCCCUCACACCCAGAGCCUCAAGCUCUUCCUACUGUCCAGCCUGAGGCGGAGGUCCAUGCAGAGCUCUCUGGUCCGCCUGGGGUGCUGCUUCCAAGCACACCUGUGGAUAAUCCCCACCCUCAGCCACAAAGCGCUUUGGCGGAUGCGCCCGCUGACGCUUUAGCAACCCCCAGUCAGCCGUUAUCCACUGAGAAUCCACAAAUGAGACAGCGCCUGGGCGAAGACUUGUACCGACUAGUUCAGAAUAUCAACUACAUGAGCCUGAUGGAGGUUUUAGGAGCUUCAUUUUCUAACUUACAACUUGCCCAGCAGAGCUCUUCUUUGGCCCAGUCCAACAUGAACUCCUCACAACUUCAUGUGCCAUCAACUAAUGCUCCCAGUUUCAAGCCUCAACUCAAUGCCUUCCCACUUCAAACCAACAUUCCUAUGACACCUGAGACUCAAGGAUGUGUGCAAACUCCUGCAUCCAAAAUCACUCAGUUUAGCCAGGCCCCUGCAUGUGAGUCUGCAGACCAGCCUGACUUACAGAACUCAGGGAACACUUAUCCAGCAAGUAGCCGUUGUCACAUCUCCAUGGAUGUAGCCUCCACCUCUAACGUUGCAGGUGUACAUUAUCAGGCGAUGCAGCCACUCUCUGUGCAGGCAGAGUCUCCAGAAAUCCAGUUUAGGGAGAGCAGGACAUUUAUCCCACCUUCACAGGGACUCCUGACCACGAGUCAGGGUGCACACAGCACCCAUGUGUUACCAACUUCUACUGAAAACAUACAAAAUGAUUCUACAGCCCAUUUCUCAGGCCUGAAGUUGCUUCAGCUCCACCGUCCUCCAUUAUCCCAGCAGAGUACCCAACACCAUCCCCAGACGCUGCACACUUCAAACCCAUCAAAGAGGACAGAAAAGGAGAAAAGAAAUGUUUCUACAUAUCAAAGAAGACAUCUCAGUUUUAAUCAUACACAUGAUCCAACUCCUGUGAUCUCCCAACACAACAUCCAGACAUCAGAGAGAACCAGGGAGCAUGACUUCUCACUACUGCCUCCGGCUUUUACAGCUCACACACCUGCACCAAUGCAGGGCCUUCGACUGCUGCGCUACGAGCCUGUUCCACACAAUAAAGUCACGUUCCCUAAAAUACCCGGACAACCUUCCUCCAGGUCAGUCUCCGUGUUUGCAGCUCCGAGGGCGGAAGCACCCAUCAAGCUUCUUCGUUUAGAAUCCGGCCCUAAAAUGAUGUUUCCAAAAACAGCCCCUUCAGCCCAAGUGAUCCGUCUCAUGUCCAUGGAGGAGCUGACGAAGUCGGUGAUGGCGAGGCAGAACUCUGAAGAGGCUCGACUCCGGUUGCUCAGAGUCGAUCUUCCUCCUGAAAGCAGCAGAAGAGAUGCCCUCAGCUCUAACUCCAGCAAGCGGCAGAAGAGGAGAGAGCAAAAGGCAGGGAGGGAAGGAAAAGCAGAAGUCACAUUCAGACCGAAUGAUUCUAUCAUUCCAACACAAGAGCAAACUAAUGAGCCUGAAAAGCUGGCAGCUGCAGAAGAGAUUCCUACAGGACAGGAUGUGUCGGCUCAAUCCGGGUUCUUUGACUCUAUGCUGACGGGUCAGAGGUUAUUGGACAGGGCCAUGUCCACUUCAGCUGAGCUCCAUGCAUUUGCUUCCACGCGAAAAAGACCCCCAGAGUGCCACGAUGCUUUCACCAACACUGACCCAGCUUGUCCUCCAGCACUCGUGGACAAAGCUGUCUCUGUGCUGGUUGGUAACCCUAAAUCAAAAAGUCCAGGGCCUCUGCAGUUUAGCGACCAGCAUCAUGUUCAAGUCACAGAGGAGACCCCACAGAGGCUUGAAGAGAACCUGGAUCUGAAUGGCCACCAGUUCAUAAGUGUCUUGGAUCUAGAAGACGAAUCCCUGCAUCAGGAUUUACCACCCAGUCUCAGCCUAGGAGCACAAAAUAUUCCCUCCAACUGCCCUCCAUCCCCUACUUCUGCUCAGCUUCAUGUUCUUGCGACGUCUGUUUUAAGGAGAGCUGCUGCUGAUCCAUACCCCUCAGUGACAAAUCAGGAGGAUUACAUGAAAGCUUCCACUCACACAGGUAUCCCUGAGGAGUUGCCUUCAUGCAGCCACUAUGAGCCAGUUAGAGUAUCAGAGAUAAUCACUUCACAAGACAUAGAAGAUCCAUCUGACUCGGAAAUCUGUCAGGCCAUACAGAGCCAGAGCAUCAAACCUCACAGCGCCUCAUCGACACUUCCAACAGUCUGGUUCUCCUCCCACCUGUCUGAGAUGGAUUGUCAGUUAGCUGCUCUGCAGAACAUUGCGGACAAUCUGGAGAGGGACUUCUCCAACUCCAGGAUGUUGGUGAAUACACCGCUUACACCGGGAUUGGCUCCUGAUGUGAAGUCUCCAACAGCAGUGAAAAAGACGGUCAGACUGUCCGUCCCACAGGAAGCAUGGAUGCCUAGACUGGAUCCACUGAAUGAACUAAAUGCCUUGGAAGAAGAAGAGGAAGAUCUGGAAGAAGAAAUUGUCAUUCAUAGUUACUCUCUCACUCCUGAGAGGUUAAGAACUCAUCUCACCAGUGUUUCUGGAACAUCUGCUGUAUGUGCGGAUGAGAACUUGGGUCUGACUGGGCUAUCUGAUACAGCGGAAAUUUUAGACGAGUUGGUGAGGGAAGGCUAUCUAUCCCUGAAUGACCUGGAUUUAUCUUAUCCACAGACUGCGCACUCUAACAGCAUGGAGCCGCAGCGAAAUGGCUGGAUGUCACAGAAACGAGUCCGUCCAGAAGAUGAGAGGAGGGAGCUGAGGAUCUGGAUGAGGAGGAAACAGAGGGAACAACUGGCUGUUUAUCAAAAACACAGAGAGAGCCUGAGGGAGAAGGAGCACAGACCCUUCUCUUCUUCUGGAGCAGCAAAAUCAACAAAGAAGAAUGACACAACUGUUUGGAGAACCAGGGAGGAAAAAGAGAAAUUUAUUCUUCUGGAGCAAUACAACCAGAGGACCCGUGAAGCUUUUUCAUUGGCCAGGGACUUUUCCGCCGAUCCACCAACCACAGGCCCUUCUUCCAGAACUGGAGUUUCUCCACUGCCCUCAGCGUCACGAUCCAACUCUGCUCCUCCACCUGGCAGCACCUACAGGGUUUCCAAUGUAUCUGCCAGUGAUGAAAGAAGUCUGGAGUCAGGGCGGGCUCAACCACACUCUCGACCAUGGACGGCUGACACACAGGGACGGACUUCAGAGGACGAACGCAGGAGACUAGGACUACAUAGACCAGUUACCUCUCUGCCAAGGGACCGUCUGUCUCAGGUGACCAGACGUGGCAUGCUCACAGAUCCAAAGAGCAAAUCAAAAGCUCUUGCAUCCAGCCAAAGUGAGGAGUGGCAAUUUGAACACCAGCAAAAGACGGGGCCAAACAAAAGUCUUCCAAUGGUGGCGGCUGCAGGGAGAGGGAUCCUAAGGAAGACCAGGAUGGAAGAGACAACGGAGUUGAACACUUGGGAGCCCACAUCAGAAUUGGAUAUGCUGCUGGGCCAAGAGGAGGCUAACAGGGUCGGGGCUGGACUGUUGGAAGAACAGGAUGAUAGAUGCAGAGCUGGUGUGUCGGACAUGGACUGGCUGGACAACCUUUCUGAGACCGGCAGCACACUCAGCAAAAUAGACUGGGCUGCUAUUGAGAGGAUGGUGGCUGCAGAGGAUGCUUGAAAUUAAAUGUCAUCAAGAUUGUAUGUGCCUUUGAAAUACUACCAAAUCAGAUUGAUUUCAAACUAUGACAAUAUAAAUUGUUAUUUAGAUUUAUUAAUACACAUUUUGUAUUUAAAUGAAUAAAUUCAGCAUACAAGAGAUUAUAGAUGAUAUUAUAUAUUAAAGUCAAAUUUUUGUUGCACUCACACUUGCAUUGAUGUCCUUUUAUCUACGUUUUUUCGUUUGUUCUAUUUGUAUGUAUAUUUUUAUAUUUUUAUUUUUAUUUUGUGCACAUGUAAUUGUUGCUGGAAUUAAAUUUAUGGUUUAUUUUUUUUUAAAGCUGCUAUCAUGUUAUUUUCACAUUUAAUAUUCUUCUCUAUUUAGCCUGAUAGAGCUACCUGCUGGAUCACACAUGCUUGCGUUUAAUGUUUGUGGUUCUGUCUUAGUUCAGCAUCUAUCCUACGAAUGCUAAUGCUCCCAUACAUUAAUAACAGCAAACUGAUUGGUUCUGAAUUUAAUUAGCUGACUGUGUUUUGGAUUAUACAGCAAAUCUUUACAGUUCUAUACAACAAAUAAUACAUUAGAACAGUGCCAUAUUAUUUCUUAAAAGCUAAAACUCAUAAUACAUUUUAUUGUGUUUUAUUUAU